GUAAGCCAUUCCCUGCAGCACUCUCUCUCGCGAAGUCUCAAGUCUCAUACAUACGAAGGAGGCACAGCCACCACCGCGCCACCUCUCGUCCAUCCCCACCUCCUCCACAAAUAUGCCACUUUCUUUCACUCUCCUCUGUAAACCCUAAUUCUUGAUUCCUCUUUUUCUCUCUCUAAAUUCCUCUCUCUACACUUCUCGAUUCUCUCGCCUAUCGAUCCACUUUGAUCACUCUUCCCAAACGCUCACUUUCUUUCUUUAGCCCUUAGCCCUCUCUCAUUCUCUCUCUGAAAUUCGUAGCCUAUUCGCUCUUGAUUACAAGAUCUGUCUCGAUUGUUUUCUUGCUUGCUUCUUCUUUUAAUCGCCGUAUUUUAGGGUUUCGGAAUAUCUUUCUUGGAGGUCCGGUCAAGGCUGGCGGGUAUCCGGGUCAAGUAAAUGGCGGAUCCGCCAAGUAUCCGCCCACUGUUAAUUGGUACGUUUUCUUGUCUCUGUUUCGAGGAGUUGGAGUUGAUAGGGUUACAUAGUGGUGAGGAAAUAGAAAAGUGAAAAAGCAUGCUGAGCGUGGUACGUGUGCACCUCCCCUCGGAUAUCCCCAUAGUAGGCUGUGAGUUAACGCCGUACGUCCUCCUACGGAGACCUGACAAGACCGUCACAACCGACGAUGUCCCUGAGUCUGCCCCUCUCGACGGUCAUUUCUUGAGAUACAAGUGGUAUCGGAUACAAAGUGAUAGAAAAGUUGCUGUAUGUAGUGUGCAUCCAUCUGAGCAAGCCACAUUGCAGUGCCUAGGUUGUGUUAAGUCCAAAAUACCUGUUGCCAAAAGUUACCAUUGCUCUCCCAAGUGCUUCUCUGAUGCAUGGCAGCAUCACCGUGUUUUACAUGACCGUGCUGCGAGUGCUAUAAAUGAAAACGGAAAUGAGGAGGAAGAGUUAUUUGGGCGUUUCAAUAGCUCUGGAUCUGGAGUUAUUAAUACUAGCUUGUCUGGUCCUGCAUCAAGUGCUAGCUUGACGAAUGGUUCUGCACCUCUAUAUCCUGCAGCAGUUACACAAAGGAGUGGUGGUGAAACUUGGUUUGAAGUUGGGCAUUCUAAAACAUAUACUCCAUCAGCUGAUGAUAUUGGCCAUGUUCUAAAGUUUGAAUGCGUUGUAGUAGAUGCUGAAACUAAAUUACCUGUAGGACAUGUCAACACCAUUCUAACCUCCCGUGUGAUUCCUGCUCCUUCACCUACUCCACGUCGCUUGAUCCCAGUCAGCGGAGUUGAUGUGAUCAGGCAUUUAGAUUCAGAUGGCCGUAUUUCAUCCUCAGGAACUUUUACUGUGCUUUCAUACAACAUUUUGUCUGAUGUUUAUGCAACAAGUGAGACGUACAGCUAUUGUCCUUCUUGGGCUCUAUCUUGGCCAUAUCGCCGGCAGAAUUUGCUUCGGGAAAUUGUUGGAUAUCGUGCGGACAUUGUUUGUCUUCAGGAGGUGCAGAGCGAUCAUUAUGAGGAGUUUUUUGCCCCUGAGUUGGACAAACAUGGUUAUCAAGCUCUUUAUAAGAGAAAAACAAACGAGGUUUACGGUGGAAAUACCCAUACUAUUGAUGGUUGUGCAACAUUUUUUCGCAGAGAUAGGUUUUCACAUGUCAAAAAAUAUGAGGUUGAGUUUAAUAAAGCUGCUCAGUCCUUGACUGAAGCUGUUGUUCCAAGUGCUCAGAGGAAAACUGCUUUAAAUCGUUUGGUCAAGGAUAAUGUUGCAUUAAUUGUGGUUUUGGAAGCAAAAUUCAGUAAUCAAGGAGCUGAUAAUGUUGGAAAACGGCAGCUUCUUUGUGUUGCAAACACACACGUGAACGUGCAUCAUGAUUUAAAGGAUGUCAAGCUUUGGCAGGUUCUCACCCUUUUGAAAGGAUUGGAGAAAAUAGCUGCCAGUGCAGACAUUCCAAUGUUAGUGUGUGGAGAUUUCAAUUCCGUCCCUGGAAGUGCUCCUCAUGCUCUUCUUGCUAUGGGAAAGGUAGAUCCAUUGCAUCCAGAUUUAUUGGUAGAUCCUCUUGGAAUCUUACGUCCUCACAGCAAGCUUACACAUCAACUACCUCUGGUCAGUGCUUAUUCAUCUUUUGUAAGACUGGGCGUUGGUCUUGGUUUGGAACAGCAACGGAGGAGAAUGGACCCUGCAACAAAUGAACCAUUGUUUACAAACUGCACUAGAGAUUUUAGUGGCACCCUAGAUUACGUAUUUUACACAGCGGACACUUUGACAGUGGAGUCCUUGUUGGAACUCUUGGAUGAGGAAAGCUUAAGGAAAGACACAGCCCUACCUUCUCCAGAGUGGUCCUCUGAUCAUAUAGCACUUUUAGCUGAAUUUCGUUGCAAGUCUAGACCGAGACGUUGACAAUCCGGGGUCUAAUGAUGGUCAAGAAGAUGACAGAGAGAAAUCCAAGGAAUCAAGUAAAUUGCAAGAAUGGUAGAUCAUGGUCCAUGUGUCAUUUUACAGGUAUCUCUAUAGUGGGGAUCGUCUCUAUGAUCUGCUUUGUAUCAUGCCACCAUUGUCUCAUAGAAAAAGAUAUGCCAUAUUCAAUGGUUUUUUCAUUUUCUUUGCUGAUAGAAAUGCCCACGGGCUUAGUGUAUGUCAUUAUCCUGUACUUUUAAGCUCCCCUGCAUAGCUAGUGGUUAGUGGCAAUGCCUCUUAGUUUUGAGUUCCAUCAUCCUUUGUUCACUGUUUUUUUCUCAUUUUCUGGCCGCUGGAAAGGAAUAAAAAAAAUCUUAAAAGUUUUCA